CACUAGCAACAGAAUAUAAAAUUUGUAAAUAGUAUUAAAUACAUUUUUGAAUUCUCUGGCGAAAAAUGAGUUAUUUAUAAAUUACACGGGAAAUUAGACUAUAUUUUAUGAUUUACUAUCUUAGAGAACUCUUUUUAUCAUGACUGUUGAAAAUUCCUUUUCGCUUUCUAAACAAGCGACUUUCACUGAAAUAAAUCUUGAAGAAAUUCAACGUAAAAAAUUACCUAAACGACUUGUAUACUUCAGUGAUGGUGUUCUUGAAGAAUACAGUUCAGACGAAGAAUGUGAAGUUGACGCUAAUGAUACUCAACCUCUUAUUGAUCCAAAAACUCUCACAUGGGUACCAUAUUUUGGCUAUCUGGUGUGGUUGUUAGGAUCCCGAACUUUGGCAGUUUGUGAUUACCUGGGGGAACACCUAGCAUGGUUUUUUGGAAUUACUUCACCAAAAUUUCAGUAUGAAAUUGAUCAAUAUGAAAAAAUGGCAAAGGAAGAGGAAGAAUUAGAAAAACGAGUUUCUGCAGAAAUGGCAGGAUGGAAGUCGAGUGAUACAGGAGACGAACAAAACAAAACGAUAAAGCAGCAGCCACAUUCUGCUGGCUUGACGUGUAGCACAAAGCAAGCAGAAAGUAGGAUUCUAGUCUCUACUUCAAAAGAUAUGGACUCUACUUCUCAAGUUCCAGAAAAGUGCUAAUUUCUCAUUUCCUAAAGUAUGCAUUUUGGACUUUUUC